AUGCCGGCCGAGAGCGAGCUGCGCAAGACGCCGCUGCACGCCGAGCACCUUGCUCUCGGGGCCAAGAUGGGCCCGUUUGGCGGCUGGGACAUGCCGAUCCAGUAUCCGGACGGCAUCAUGAAGAGCCACCUCUUCACACGGGCCAAGGCCGGCCUGUUUGACGUUUCGCACAUGCUCGGCGUCGUCGUCCGGGGUGCCGACCGUGCGCUGCCCGACGGGAGCGGCACUCUCUCUGUCCUCACCAACGAGGCUGGCGGCAUCAUCGACGACAUGAUCAUCACCAACGCGGCACGCGGGCCUAGCGAGAAGAGAAAGAGAGGCGACCACCUGUACAUGGUCAUCAACGCGGGGCACGAGGACAAGGACCUGCCGCACAUGGAGGCGCAGCUCUCCAAGUUCGACGCGUCUGUUGAGACGCUACCCAACAACGGCAUCCUGGCGCUGCAGGGCCCCGCGGCGGCGGAGGUGCUGCAGGCGCUCACGCCGGUCGACCUCUCCCAGAUGCCCUUCAUGAGCGCGCGGCCGAUGGAGGUGGCGGGCGAGCAGUGCUUCGUGGCCCGCUCCGGGUACACGGGCGAGGACGGGUUUGAGAUUGCGGUGCCGCCGGGCGGGGGGUCGCAGCACGCCGUGCGCGGGCUCUGGAGCACGCUGCUCGAGAGGGAGGACGUGACCCCGGUCGGGCUCGGCGCGCGCGACUCCCUCCGCCUCGAGGCGGGCCUCUGCUUGUACGGCGAGCGCCACGCCUCCUCGGCACGCAACGACCUGGACGACACGACGUCGCCCGUGGAGGGGGCGCUCGCGUGGGUGAUUGCCAAGCGGCGGCGCGCCGAGGACGGCUCCUUCUGCGGCUCGGAUCGCAUCCUGGCCGAGCUUCGGGACAAGUCGCGCACGCGCGCGCGGUGCGGCUUCGUCGUCGACCAGGGGGCGCCGGUCCGCGAGGGGACGGCGCUGCGGGACGAGUCGGGCGCCGAGGUUGGCAUCGUCACUUCGGGCGGCUUCUCGCCCUGCCUCAAAAAGGGCAUCGGCAUGUGCUACGUGACGCCGGGCCGCAACAAGUCGGGCACCAAGCUCCUCGCCGAGGUGCGCGGCAAGACGCAGAGCCUCACCGUCACAAAGAUGCCUUUUGUCGAGCAGCGCUACUACCGCGGCCCGUGAGGCGAGCUGCGCCUGCAUGCCUGCCCCGCCCCCCGGCGCUUGCACCGCUAGAUGACUUGUGCGGAGCGCGUACGUGCGCUGGGCGAGGGCGGCGGGGGCAUGGCCGUUGCGCACUUCCCACUGCGGUCUCGCUUCCAGCGCUCCGCAUGUAUGUGGAGGAGGGGCAAAACUCUUGUCGAACGUUCCGUCGCUCGGAGCGCUGGCGGACCGGAGGGGCUCGCAUGAUCUGUACGGCUCUCGAUCUACGGCUUUAUUAUAUUAAAAUCCGCGUACUGGCGU